CUAAGGCAGCAGAAGACAUCAGACGGUCGCACAACGAGCCACUCGAGUUCGAACUGCCAACUGGGACUGGAAACGAUGAACAGACACAGCUUCAUUUGGGCGCUAGCCGCCUGCUUAAUUGCAUGCGCCAGCGCUAACGGCUACGGCGGACAACAGGGCUACAGCUCUGGCGGCCAGGAGGCCUACGGCUCUGGCGGACAGCAGAGCUACAGCUCCAGCUCUGAUGGUGGCGAUGCGGCAGCCGCUGCAUCCGCUGGCGGUGCUGGUGAAUUCGGUCAUGCUGGUGGUUUGGGCGAAGGCGCCGCUGCUGGCUCUUUGGCCGGUGGUGCUGAUGCCUCGGGCGUUGCCCAGGCCGGCCAGAGCAGCUAUGGCUCUGACCAGAACAUUCCCUACAAGCCGGUGAACACCAAGGGCAACACCCUUACCUCUUCGAUCACAUACCCACAGAACAAGGGUGAAAUUCUGAUCCAUCGUCCGGCCCCCAUCAUUGUGCGUCGCCCGCCCACCAAGGUGCUGGUCAACCAUCCUCCAUUGGUUGUCAAGCCCGCCCCAGUUGUGCUGCACAAGCCCCCAGCAAUCGUGCUCCGCAAGGUCUACGUCAAGCACCACCCACGUCGCGUCAAGGUUGAGCCUGUCUUCGUCAAUGUGGUGAAGCCCCCAGCAGAGAAGUACUUCGUCAAUGAGAACAAGCAGGGUUACGGCCAGGGCUCCCACGGCGCUGGACAGGGUCAUGGACACCACAUUCUGAACAGGCCCGGUCCCAUUGUGUCUGGUCCUCAACAGCAUGGCCCCGGUGGCCAGGCUCUGCCCGCCUACGCCUCUGGUGCCGACAAUGCCGCUGCCAGCGCUGGCUACCAGCUGCUCCAGGGUGGCAACCAUGGUCUCUCCGCUCUGGCCAACAUUGCCGGCGAGCGUGAAGGUAACUAUGGUAGCCAGAGCUACGGUGGUCACGGCCAAUCCGGCCCCAGCUACUCAGCUCCGUCGUACUAAGCGCAACGCUUACGACGCUAGCGCAUCCAGCUGCCAGCUGCCAGCCUACCUCUGGCUGGUCUUAGUUACUAUGUUUUUUACACGGCUUGGACGCCCACAAGGCGGGCGCGCAGGUUUCAUUGCAAACAAAUAAAAAAUAUUGAAAAAAAAAA